AUUUUUACAGUUCAUCAGGACUUCGACAUCUAACAUUUAUCAGACGUUUAUCUGACUAAGAACAAGCCUGCCAUCAUGCCACCAAAGAAGCAGCAGCAGCAACAGGGCAGUUCCUCCAAGGUCGCAGUCGACAAGACCUUCGGUAUGAAGAACAAAAACAAAUCUGCCAAGGUCCAAAAAGAAGUCCAACGUAUCCAAUCGCAGGCCGCUCAGACGGGGAAGUCUCGUGAAGCUUUGGCGAAGGAGCGCGAGAAGGAGCUUCGGACGCAGGCGAAGGCCGAGGAGGAGAAACGGCGCAAGGAAGAGGCGUUGCUCACGAAACCAGUGCAGAUACAGAAGGUGCCAUUCGGCGUGGACCCGAAGACGUUGUUGUGUGCGUUCUAUAAGGCGGGACAUUGUGACAAGGGGACGAAGUGCAAGUUCAGUCAUGACAAGGAUAUAGAGAGGAAGGUUGAGAAGAAGAAUUUGUAUGCGGAUAGUCGGGAGGAGAAGAUGGCUGAUACGAUGGACACGUGGGACGAGGAAAAGCUACGGCAGGUUGUGCUCUCCAAACAUGGAAACCCGAAAACAACAACCGAUAUUGUCUGCAAAUUCUUCAUCGAGGCUAUCGAGUCUCAGAAAUUCGGGUGGUUCUGGCAAUGCCCAAAUGGCGAAACCUGCCAAUACCGACACGCUCUUCCUCCUGGCUUCGUUCUCAAAUCACAGAAGAAGGCACAAGCGGAGGCUGAAAAAGCGAAUGUCAUCUCGUUGGAGGAGUUCCUGGAGGUCGAGCGCCACAAACUAGGCAGCAAUCUUACCCCCGUCACCCCCGAAUCAUUCGCCAAAUGGAAGCAAACCCGCAUGAACAAAAAGGAUGCCGAGGCGGAAGCCAUGUCAAAAGCCAAAGCAACGCAAGCCGCAGCGGGCAAGUCUUCAGGCAUGUCAGGACGAGAUCUCUUCCAGUACAACCCAGAAUGGUUCGAGGACGAGGACGAGGGAGAGGACGAUUGGGAUUUGGAGAAGUAUAGGAAGCAAAAGGAGGACGAGGAUCUGAUCGCGGAGGAGGAGAGACUUCAGGCGUUGUCAUUGAACGGUGGUGGAUCCGGUGAUGGUGCAUGAAUGCAAGAACGCCGUUACUUUGAACCACAAUCCUUGUUGCUAUGUUCUGCUCGCAAGACCACCGCAUUAUCCAUGGACUUGAUGUGCUCGUCUGGCUACUCUUCGGAGCCAAGAAGCAGUGGUUUGCUCUAUGAUCUAUGUAUCAGAUGUACGAUGUUCUCGCCUGGACUACACAUUGUUACCUUCAUGUCCGAACCAUUUCAUCAUGCAUCAGCGAUUAAAAAUUCCUUUCUUUAGU